UUUGUACACUCAGCAAAAUAAAAAAUCCAAAUCAAAAUCCCGAAAUCCGAAACCAAAAUUCCAAAAACCCAAACGAAAGAAAAUCUCUCAUUUUCAUCAUCAUCCGCCAUGUUGAUAUUGAGAAGAAGAGCUUCUUUUUCUUCGUCUCUCUUCUCUCUCCUCCUUCGAUCCAAAAACCCUCCUAAAACCCUAUCAACAGACUUCCAUUCGCAAACCCAAAUUCCCAUUCUACUGUCCAACAAAAACCCAAUUCCCCAACAUCACCUCUACACCAAAACCCUUCAAAACCCAUCUCCCGAUCUGACCACCUUUUCCCAAAACGCCCCUCCUAAAACCCUCUCCCUUCGCUUCCAUUCGCAAAUCAGAAUCCCCAUCAAAAUCCCAAAACCCUACACCAAAACCCUUCAAAACCCAUCUCACAAUUUCACAACCCUUUCUCAAAAUGCUCCUCCCCUGUCCUCCCGCCAGCGCAAAAUCAAAGAAAAAGACGACAUUGAAGAAGCUUUCGAAUCGGCCACCACCACCAAUGAAAUCCUCUCCGCCUUCGCUGCCAUGGAAUCUGCCUUCGAUCCCACCGACAAGAAGCUCGGCCUUGCCUGCCUCAAGGUGGGCCAACACCUCGACUCCGAAGGUACGGACCCUAUGCAAGCCCUCUCCUUUGCGAACCGAGCUCUCGAUAUCUUAGAUCGCAAUACAACCAGCGUUGGUAAGGACUCCCUGCCCAUCGCGAUGUCCUUACAUUUGUUGGGUUCUGUCAAUUAUGCCUUGAAACGGUUUAACGAUAGCUUAGCCUACUUAAGCAAAGCAAAUAGGAUCUUGAAUGCCAUGACCGGUGACGGACCAGGUGCUCUUGGCUUCGAUGUCCGGCCCGUGGACCACGCGAUCCAUCUCCAGCUCGCCAACACGAAAAUGGCGAUGGGACGGCGAGAGGAAGCUCUUGUUGAUCUUAGGAAGUGUUUGGAGUUGAAAGAAUUGAUUUUUGAGCCGAACAGUAAGGAAAUGGGGGUUGCUUAUCGGGAUCUGGCGGAGGCUUAUGUUGCCGUUUUGAAUUUCAAGGAUGCGUUGCCUCUCUGUUUGAAGGCGCUGGAGAUACACCGGGCGCUGUUGGGGAGUAAUUCGGUUGAGGUGGCACAUGACCGCCGGGUUCUUGGUGUAAUAUACUCUGGACUGGAGGAGCACCAGAAGGCUUUGGAAGAGAACGAGCUGUCCCAGCGGGUUUUGAAGAGUUGGGGGUUGAAUUCGGAUCUUUUGCAUGCGGAGAUCGAGGCUGCAAAUAUACAGAUUGCGCUGGGGAAGUACGACGAGGCGAUUGAGACGUUGAAGGGAGUCGUGCAGCAGACGGACAAGGAGAGUGAGAUGCGGGCGUUGGUUUUCAUUUCGAUGGCAAAGGCCUUAUGUAAUCAGGAGAAAUUUGCUGACUCAAAGCGGUGCUUGGAGAUAUCAUGCGGGAUCCUCAAUAAGAGGGAGUCAGUGGGCCCUGCGAAGGUGGCCGAGGCAUAUGCGGAGAUAUCGAUGCUGUACGAGACGAUGAAUGAAUUCGAAAUGGCAAUCUCGCUGCUGAAGCGGGCAGUCUCGAUACUGGAAAAGCUACCGCAGGAGCAGCAUGCGGAAGGGAGUGCAUCUGCACGGAUUGGAUGGUUGCUUUUGCUGACAGGGAAGGUCCCGCAGGCGAUCCCUUACUUAGAGAGUGCGGCCGAGAGAUUGACAGAGAGCUUUGGACCGAAGCAUUUCGGGGUGGGGUAUAUCUAUAACAAUUUGGGUGCAGCUUACAUGGAGCUGGAUCGGCCGCAAUCAGCGGCCCAGGUAUUUGCACUUGCCAAGGACAUCAUGGAUGUAUCGCUUGGGCCCCACCACGCCGAUUCAAUCGAGGCGUGUCAGAACCUUGCAAAUGCAUAUGGUGCAAUGGGGAGCUAUGCCCUUGCAAUGGAAUUCCAGCAGCGAGUGAUGGAUGCUUGGGAAAGCCAUGGGCCAAACGCGAAAGACGAGUUCAGGGAAGCUCAUCGACUUUUUGAACAACUGAAGAAAAAGGCUCGGGGGUCAUCAAGUGAGGUUCCUAGAAAGGCUUUGCCAUUGCCCCACUCCAGUGAAGCCUUUUCCACCAAAGCCAGACAUCCCGACGUUUAGGCACACCUUCUGGAUUUGAUCUUGGACCUACGUGCCGAGAUGCCAUGUGUGGUGUACAACUCUACACUCCUGUGCAAUCGGCAGACCUUCCAAAAAGAGAGAUGUUUAACAGUGAGUAAUUUUGGCAAGUUUGUAGAAGUGGAGACAACAGUUGGAAACGGUGGGAUAGGCUGCAUGUGAAGAAAAGCAUUAGUUAGGGAAAUUGUUUUUCCAAAAUUGAUUAAUUAAGUAGCUAUCCAAACAAACUUAGGCUGUGUUUGGAUUCAAGUUGAUAAGCUACUGAUUUGGCUAACAACAGCAAAUCGGUAGCUUAGCAUGCUAUUUAAGAGGUGCUGAACACCUUAAGAUGGCUUAUACACACCCAAAAAAGAAAAAAAAAAAGAAAGAAAGAAAGAAAGAAAAAAGAUUGCUUAUAUAUUGGAGUGGAGAAUGACUGAAGGUGUUCUCAAUCGUCCUCGACAGAAGCCCAUAGCUAAAGGGAAGACCUCUGUUGUUGCAAUCCAACUGCGCCCUCCAUUGCUUCUAUCUUUGUCUUUGCCUCUGUAUCUUCAUCCCUUCAUAUUCUUUCAUGGUU